AUUUAGACAUCUGUUAUCUAGCAUUUAGAUCAGACUUAUUGACAACCACAAAAAACCUUCAUACUUAGUGGUAGACGACUUACUGAAGGAAUUCACUUUGAGGUUCUCAGAGCGGAAGGAGUCUGGUCUGGUCACAAACCAACGACGAUUUUGUCGGUUUAUCAACUCAGAUUUGAACCGAGAUGAGAUAGCUUUUGGUGGAACUGCCAGCUCUUUUUUUUUUAAUAUUUCACUUUUUCGGCAAGCGGAAGAUACUUAGUUGUUAAACGAGUGGGCAGAUUUUAGUUUUGGAUUCAAGAGGAAACACUGCGGGCAAACUUUUACCAGAGAAGGCGGCUGGUCGUCACCGGAGGAGCAGGAAAGGAUGUGAACAUCUGCAACUGAGACGAAAACUAACACGGUUUACUCCACUCUCUAGAAAUGGAGCCAGCUGUGUUUUAAACUUACCUUCUUUUGACUUUAAACACGUUGGCCACGGAGGGACACUUGAAGCAAACUUGGAUAUGGGAGACGUGCGGCGUUUAUUUCUGUUAAGAUAAUAGGCGUGAAGACAACAGAGAUGGGAAGCUCUGCUCUGCUUACAGUGGUGCUGCUCGGGGCGUUUCUGUGGAUCUCUGAUAUCCAUGCAGAUGACGAUGGGAAGCGUAUGUGUACAUGCAAGAAUGAUAAAGGCACAUGCGUGAAUGGAACGUGCAGAGACGACUACUGCUUCUAUACCUGGAUACACAAGAAAGAGGAGUGGGGCUGUUUCCCCAAAGAGUAUUACAAAGAGCAGUGUUUCACCUCUUUCGAAAGCUACUAUAUCUCCUGCUGCAGAGAGAAUUAUUGCACCGCCAAUUUCACGCCACCUCCAACCAUAGAUGGAGAGGUGAAAGAUACAACUCGUCUGGAGCUGUGGAUCACGUUGUCUUUGCUCCUGUUAAUCACGACUGCCAGCGUGUGUGGCCUGGUGCUGUUCCUGCGCUUCCGACGUGCGCAUGGUAGACUGAAAAAAUUGGAAGACCAUGAUGUCACCAUGCUCAAGGUCCCAAAUGGAGAGGACCCAACAUAUGGCGAUAUCUUUGAUGAGUUUUGUACAUCAGGGAGCGGGACCGGACUGCCCUAUCUGGUCCAAAGGACUAUGGCCCGACAGAUCUCACUGGUCCAGUGUGUCGGUAAAGGCAGGUAUGGCGAGGUGUGGAGGGGAACUUGGAUGGGGGAGAGUGUGGCUGUCAAGAUCUUUUCCUCUAGGGACGAGCAGUCCUGGUACAGAGAGACAGAGAUCUACAACACUGUACAGCUGCGACACGACAACAUCCUGGGUUUCAUAGCCUCUGACAUGACUUCCAAGAAUUCCAGCACCCAGCUGUGGCUCGUCACCCACUUUCAUGAGCUGGGUUCCCUCUAUGACUUCCUCCAGUACAGCAGCUUGGAGCCUGAGAGCUGUCUGAGGAUGUGCCUGUCUGUGGCCUGCGGUCUGGUCCACCUGCACACUGAAAUUGUCAGCGCGCAGGAAAAACCAGCUAUCGCCCAUAGAGACCUGAAAAGCCGAAACAUCCUGGUAAAGAGGAAUGGGGAGUGCUGCAUCGCUGACCUAGGUUUGUCUGUGAUACACUCUCAGUCCCAGGACUACCUCGAUGUGGGAAACAACCCUCGUGUUGGAACCAAGCGCUACAUGGCCCCUGAAGUCCUGGAUGAGACUAUUCGUAUGGACGUCUUCGAGUCCUACAAGCAAACUGAUAUCUGGGCCCUGGGCCUGGUCUUCUGGGAAAUUAGCCGCAGGACCAUUGUCAAUGGGAUUGUGGAGGAGUACCGCCCUCCCUUCUUUGACCUGGUGCCUGUAGAUCCCAGCUUUGAGGAGAUGAAGAAAGUGGUGUGUGUGGAUCAGCAGAGGCCCAGUCUGCACAACAGGCUCCAUUCCCAUCCUAUCCUGACGGCCAUUGUGAAGAUCAUGAAGGAGUGUUGGUACCAGAGCCCAUCAGCCCGCCUCACUGCCCUGCGGGUGAGGAAGACUCUCUCCAAACUGGACACUGACAGUGACUUCAGCAUUGAGAAACUCAAGCAGGACAUCUAGUCCAGAAAGUCGGGAGUUAAAGGGGACAGACAAUUGAGAACGCCUGAAGGGAAAAUGCUCUACAAUCCGACAGCACAAGGUGCAUAUCAUUAGCAUCAUUUCAAGAUAAUAACUCACACAGUCACUGUAUUAUAUUGAAACCAUAUGACUUUCAGCAACAACGUCUAGACUGGCUCCCGAGGCUAUUCUCUGUGGCCUAAUUUCCAUCUGCCAUUUCUCUGGUGCCUUAAACCAAAAGGCCCCAACAAGAAAACUAUUGGGACAUGUUAUAUUACUUUUAUCAUAUUCAGCUAAUUAAAUACUUUUUAAAAGCAGAAUAAUAAAAACCCACAAAUUCAUAGAGUCUUAUUCAUAAUUGUCUAAAUCCCCCCUAUGGGCAUGACAGAGAGGGAAGUCUGGCAUUGCACAAUUACUCAUCAUUCUAUCGAGAAGAGAAGGAGCAUGUCAUUAUGGACUUUCUCUGAAAUACAUUCAAAUUGAACAAAUGGGUUUUACCAUAUAAUGACCAAAGCCAAAAAGACGGCCUUGGAGGCCUUGUUUAAGUUAAAUGAAAGAAAGAAAUGUAAGUAAUAAAAUACCAAAGCACAUUACCUGUUGUGGUAGCAUAUUUAACUUAUAUAAAAUAAGCAUUUAUUAUCUGCACAUGGGCAAAUUGAGCUAUUUAGUUGUACAUAUUCAAACUGCAUUCAAGCUGUUGCCUUCUAUCUCCAUUGGAUUAUUUUAUUAAAAAAUGAGACACUUUUUAUAUACUUUCUUACAAAACAUUUUCUAAGUAUUUUUUUUACAUUUCUGUAGGCCAAGAAUGUAUCAUCACCAUUACUAUGGUCAGUAAAUAAAUCCACAAACAGAUAUGUAAUAUUGUAUUAUGUUGAAUAAAGGAUUGUAUUUUUCAACAGU